UUCAAUUCAAUUUUGUUCAUCAUGAAACUACUUGUCAUUCUUCUCCUUUUCCAUACCACUUUUCUUAUGAUCAAUGGCCAAAUUUCAUCAAUAACUAAUACUCAUCACGAGACCUACAUUGUCCAUGUUCAAAAGCCGAAGAAUGUCAAGUCACUUAGAUCCACCGAUUUGCUUAGUUGGUACAUGUCCUUCUUGCCUACGAAGACAUUAGCCUCCGGCGAGUCACGAAUAGUCUAUGCUUAUCAAACAGCAAUCACCGGCUUUGCAGCAAGACUAACAAAGGAAGAAGUAAAGGCCAUGGAGACUAAGGAAGGAUUCAUCCAUGCCACAAAAGAAAGAAUGCUUUAUCUUCAUACAACCCAUAUAAAUGAUUUUCUCGGUCUCAAUCAAGGCACUUGUCUCCAAAGAGAUACAUAUUUGGGAAAAGGACUCAUCAUUGGAAUGUUGGACACCGGUGUGUUACCUAACCAUCCGUCUUUUAAAGAUAGUGGUUUACCGCACCCUCCCACAAAAUGGAAGGGGCAUUGUGACUUUAAACCAACCACAUGCAACAACAAGCUCAUCGGAGCAAGAUCCUUCCAACGCGGAAAUAAGGAUUUACCCUACGACGCCAUCGGGCAUGGCACACACACCGCAAGCAUUGCUGCAGGAGGAUUUGUCAAAGAUGCACAAGUUCUUGGGAAUGCGAAAGGCACAGUCUCCGGUGUUGCCCCAAAUUGUCACUUAGCCAUAUAUAAAGUAUGUCAUUCUAGUGUGUGUGGGUCAACUGAUGUCCUCGCCGGAAUAGACCAAGCAAUGGAUGACGGAGUGGAUGUUAUUUCAUUAUCAUUCGGUGGUGGUGCAGUGCCAUUCUAUGAUGAUGCUGUGGCCAUCGGAGCAUUAGCUGCGGUGGAGAAAGGGAUAAUUGUGACAUCUUCGGCAGGAAAUUCUGGGCCGACUAAAGGUACAAUAGAAAAUGAUUCACCAUGGUUGAUUACCGUCGGAGCAAGCACCAUGGAUAGAAUGAUAAGAGCCAGAGUCAAGCUUGGCAACAAUGAAGAACUCAUUGGAGAAUCUGCUUACCAUCCCUCUGGCUUCACCUCCGGCUUUCUUCCCAUCGUUUACCCUGGUCGGCACGGAAGUUCUAGAGCUAAAGCUUGUAGUGAUGGCUCACUCAGUCGAUUAAACAUUAAAGGAAUGGUAGUGCUUUGUCACAAUUCUGGAGCUAACACCACCGUCGAAAAAGGCAUUGUCGUGAAAAAAGCAGGAGGAGUAGCAAUGAUACUAAUAAACGAAGAAGAUCAGAAUAUGACCACCCGCGCCGCUGCUCAUGUCCUCCCUGCAGCACAUGUUAGCUACUUUGACGGCAGAAGAAUUUUAGCUUAUGCUCUCUCGAAAACAAACCCAACCGUAACUAUAAUUUUUGAUGGUACAUUAUAUGGCAUCUCUCCGGCACCGUCGGUAGCUUCAUUUUCCUCCAGAGGUCCAAGUUCUAUAAAUGAAGGUGUGUUGAAGCCAGACAUAAUUGCCCCCGGCGUAAAUAUCCUUGCUGCAUGGCCAUCUCCGGUAGGGCCGCUUUCAUUAGAAUCACCGAUGAACUCCACCAUAACUUCUAUGGCAUUCAACAUAGUCUCUGGCACAUCACUAUCCUCUCCGGUCAUCGCCGGAGUUACUACAUUGCUCAAAAUUGCUCACCCGGAUUGGUCUCCAGCCGCAAUCAAAUCAGCAAUCAUGACAACAGCCGACACUCUAGACCGUGAUGGCUUACCGAUAUCGGAUUUGUAUUCCAUGGGUGCUGGACACAUUAAUCCAACAAAUGCUAAUGACCCAGGACUUGUUUACGACAUCGUUGAAGAUGAUUAUAUUGCUUAUCUUUGCGGGUUGGGUUACACUGACAAGCAAGUUUCCGUUGUGGCUCGCCGGAUAAUAGAAUGUGCUAGCAUUGAUCCUAUAAAUGCAGAGGAGCUAAACUAUCCAUCGGUAUCUGUGGCAUUAGGAUCAAAAGCAGAGAAGACGAUAACUCGGUGGGUGAUGAAUGUCGGAGAAUCAGAGUCGUUGUACUCGGUGCAGAUAAAAAGACCAGAAGGGGUAGAAGUGAGUGUUUAUCCAGAGAAGUUAAGCUUCUCUAAGAUGAACCAGACGUUAAGUUUUAGUCUCUACUUCAGCUCCGGUGAUGUCGGUGCAAUGAGGGGAGGUGCUAGUGAAGGAUACUUGAGAUGGGUUUCAAACAAGCACAUUGUGAGAAGCCCCAUAUUAGUUACAUUCACUUAAAGCCCAAGGGUGUUUUUUGUCUUCUUAUUUUUGGGGUAAAUAAGUGUGGGAUGAAUCCCUUGUGGGAUAAGUCUCAGACACAUUUUGUUAUUUUUGUUUGUGUUAAUAUUUCUUAUUAUUA